GACGAAGCAUUUACAUUUUGUGUCUUUACUAUGAAGCAAACUUGAUGACAACAUUACAGAUUCCAUUAGCCUUAAGCUUUUCAUAUACUGGAAAAAACAUAAAACAUCUUUAUCAAACACACAGGGAAAAAAAAAUAAAAUAGAAAUACAAUUUUAUAUAUUGGACACAAGAUAAGCCAAGCUUUCAUGAUCCAAAAUGUAACUAGAUUGUUUGGCUGAUCUCCAAACGGGAUCAGAAUUAGCAAAAGUGCUCGUACGAGCUAAGCUGCGUUGGUACCAUAAGGAAUGUGCUGGCCAGUCUCUUAAUCAGACAUUACAGUCUUAACCCAAAAUCUUUUGUCAACAUACAUAUAUAUAUAUAUUAAGAGAUCUAAAAUACUAGAGCUGUCUUCGAUUGGAUACAAAAGAACUCAGGGGAAAUACAAUUAAAUAAGGGAGACCGAAGAUUGUUGAGAAAGGAAAAAGAAGAAGAAGAGAGUCAAUUAUUCAUUCAUUCCAAUGUUUUCAAGAGCCUGAAGAGAGACCAGCUGCUUCUCGAACCCGUGAAAAUGUCUAUGCAGAAAGCUUGAACCUUAGAUCCUUCACUGCAACAUUUCAUCAAAACUUAAAUUUACACAUUUCACAUGUAUUCCUAUUCCUAGUGUGAAUGUGUCUGUUUAUCAUUCUCCGUCUUACUGGCAAAGCAAAACACCAAAUUUGAUAGUAAUAAGUAAAAAAAAAAGAUGAGAAAAGAAUACAUACGGAGCAGGAAGUGAAGGAGGUCUUGUAUGGAUUCAUUAGAUGACUAUUGAGAAAAAGAGCGAAGACGGUUUAUUGGCUACUACUAAUAAAUUUCAGUACAUGCCAAAUUACAGGAGUGAUGUAAGAUCAAAUACUCUGUUUUGGUUUUUCAAUACUCUGAUUAAUUCAACUGAAAACAAAUGUCAAUAUAUAGCCUUACAUCAAAGUCAAAAUCCUGCUAAUACUAAGAAUUACUAAGCCAACUAAAGACCACUAAGACAACUACUUUGACCGAGUUACUCGGUCUUAAUUCAAAGCAAUGACUAACAAACUUAAGACCGAGACAAAUACUCCGAUCACUCCAAUGACUUCUUUGUAUAUGUGACUUUAUUAUAUCCAGAUACAUGUUUGUAUAUCUGAACUUGAAACCCUAUCUCAUGGCUUCUUCUUCUUCUUCUUCUUCUCCCUCGCCUUGCACACUGAGUUACCACGCCUUCACGAGCUUCCACGGACCUGACGUCGGUAAAACCUUUAUCAGUCAUCUACACAAACAGUUUACCAGCAAUAGGAUUACGAUGUUCGAUGAUGAAGGAAUCGAGAGAGGACACACCAUCGACCCUGCUCUCACACAAGUGAUUAGAGAAUCAACGAUCUCUAUCGUGGUGCUCACCAAGAACUAUGCUUCUUCCAGCUGGUGUUUGGAUGGCCUUUUGGAGAUUUUAAAAUGCCGGCAAGCUGGUAAACUAAUAGUGAUGCCAGUCUUCUACGGAGUGCGACCAAAUGAUGUGCAGAGACAGACCGGAGAUUUCGGGAAAGGUUUCGAGAAAACUUGUCGUGGUAAAACAAUCAAGGAGAAGGGAAGAUGGAGUCAAGCUUUGAACAAAGUGUGCAGUUUGAAGGGGUUUAUCUUCAGUCCCAGGGACGACGAAUCAGAGCUAUUUGAAAAAAUUGGCAGAGAAGUGACAGGAAUCUUACAGAGGAUUGAAUAUCUUAUUGCUAGAGAAGUGACAGACUUAAACACGCUAAAUCCUAAAAUUUCGACCAACAAAAGCAGGUGUUCCAUUGAUUUGGUCUUCCUCGUCGUCAUCAUCAAUUUGCUCCUGGAGAUUACAUCAGCGGUCGCGGACCAGCUCUCUUCAUCAACUCGCAAGCCUUAUUUCGCAAGAAUCUCUUUGGUUAUGUCAAUUCUCUCUCUCAUCCUCACCAUCAUUGACUUCACUGACAAAAUCCGAGUCCAUAAAGUUCAUUUCCGAUGCAAGUUGCCUAUUCCUUGGUUCUACUAUCCAGCACGUGACUACAGUACAAGAUUUGGUAAUUCCACAGAUAAUAUCUUAUUAUUCUGUGUUGUUGGUCAGUUAAUAGUCUCCGCGAUCAAUCUCAGCUUCACUGAAAGAGGACGAGACGGUCCCAUUAAAGUAUCAGUGUGGCCUCUCGUAUUUGCUAUUGGUAUAGUUGUCUCCAAGUUCACGGAGAAGCCACCCAUUUCGAAGAAUAAUUAA